UUGAACCACUGAUGUCACAUGGACUAUUUUGUCGAUGCUCUUGGUACCUUUCUGUGCCUUGAACGUGGUAGGACCCUUGCUGUCUAUGAUUUUCCAGAUGGUAUAACAAAUGCUCUGUGGGAUAUUUUGAGCUGAAACUUCAGACAUAUUCUGGGGACACCCAUGGCCAAUAUUACAUCUUGUUACAUAAUAGAUGCCCUUAAAGUCAAACCAUGUCAUAUGACGUUAGGCUAUUCGAGUUUAUAUGUUUGGUUUUAAGUUAUCUUUGAUGUUUUUUGUUACCAUAUUUUGAGUGACUCGGAUACAUUAUGAUUCUUUUUAUAAAUUAUAAACAUUUGUAAAUGUAUAUAUUUUUGUAAAAUUAAUAUAUAUAUUUUUAGAAGAUUUUGUUGAUUUAAUUAUAAAUACAAAACAUGUGCUACCUGACAGCAGCAAAGUUUAGGGUGGCUCUGGUGAUUAAAUCAGAAUCGGAAUGAGCUUUAUUGCCAGGUAUGUUUACACAUACGAGGAAUUUGUUUUAGCUCCACAGUGUUACAGAAUGACAGUAACAAGACAAGUCACAGAUAAUAAAAUAAUAAUAUAUAAAAUGGGCAAUGUCCGAAAUAGGGAUGGGCGAUAUCUUAUCGUUUGCGAUAUACCGUUGAAAAUUCUCCUCACGAUAAAAAUGUGUCUCCUCGCGAUAAUAACGAUAAGUCUAGUUGAUGACGUAGUUUUGCGAGCGACCGAUUCACUGUUCACGUGCGGAGUGAAAACAAGCAUGGCGGAAAGCGGACGUGAGGCUGAGGAGGAGCUUGUUGUUAAGCAAGGAGCUACCUCCACAAUUUGGAACUGGUUUAGAAAAUCAGAUGCGGAGUAGAGGCUGACAUUUUUUCGGGAAUCCCGCGGGAUGGGAAACAAAAUCGCUACGAAUCACGUGAUUGGGACGGGACAGGAAAAAAUGUCAUCGGGAGUGGGCAGGACCGAGCCGGUGGUGGAGGGCCCUGUCUCCGUGGGACGAAUAGUAGGCUCAGGUACAGCCUCACUGCAAAGAGUGCACUCUGGUCAACAUGAGAACCCCAGCAGGCCUGUGUUUGAUAAGCAAGGGUUCUUGCUGAAUCUGGACACAAAGCUGCCUCCGGAGUUGGUGUACAAGUACGGAAACCUCAGUGAAGGAGUCUGCAAACCCGGCUAUGCAGCUGCCAAAAUGAGUGCUAUCUAUCCAAAGUUUAGUAAGCCAGCUUCCAUGUUUCUGGACCGAAACUUUAAGCGGCUUGCAAAAGUUACAAACUAUUUUCCUCCAUUUGGAUUCAAAACACAAGAAAGAAUCAUAGAUCUUAUAUUAACUGCCACAAAGAAUUAUGGACUGGGUCCAGAUUUAGAUAGUUUGAGUUGUAAAAGAUGUAUAAUAGUAGGUAAUGGCGGUAUCCUUAGCAACAAGUCUUUAGGAUCCCGCAUCGAUGAAUAUGACGUUGUGAUAAGACUCAACGAGGCCCCAGUGAGUGGUUACACCAGGGAUGUAGGUUCUAAGACCACCCUGAGGAUAACCUACCCUGAAGGGGCCAUCCAGAAGCCCGAGCGCUAUGAGAAAGAUUCCCUCUUUGUCUUCUCUGCUUUCAAACCUCUUGACUUUAAAUGGUUGAGACAGAUGGUCUUCAGAGAGAAACUGCAAGGAACAGAGGGCUUCUGGAAGUCUGUAGCGCACUUUGUGCCCCGGCAACCCUCAGAGAUACGGAUCCUCAACCCCUACUUCAUACAAGAGGCUGCCUUCCAGUUUAUUGGCCUUCCACAGAACAAUGGCCUCAUGGGUAAAGGGAACAUUCCAACUUUGGGCACCGUCGCCAUAACGAUGGCCCUUCAUAACUGCGAUGAGGUUGCUGUUGCUGGAUUUGGCUAUGACAUGAACACCCCUCAUGCACCCUUGCACUACUACGAAACAGUCAAAAUGUCUGCCAUAAAAGAGUCAUGGACUCACAACAUCUCAAAAGAAAAGGAGUUUCUCCGCAAGUUGGUGAAGGCCAACAUUAUCACAGACUUAACCAAUGGGAUUUGAACCUCCCAUGGUGGGUGCCUUUCUAGGAGGACUCAAAAACACAGAGUCCUGGGAAACCCUGGACCAGACAACACGGCGGAGCAAGAUUUCAGAGGUGGGAGCGAUGGCUCAGUUAAGAUGCACAUGUGCCUUCUAACCGACAGGCUUCCUCUGAGCGGGACGUUGAAGGUUUCUUGAAUGUCUCGGGAGACAAUCCUUGUUCAAGUGCAGAUGGAAGAUAUCAGAGACUUUGAGGUGACCUACAAACACAGCGCUUGAGGAACGAGUCGCAACAUUAAUUGAUUGUGCCAAAUGUACCUCUUUUGGAGGAGAUGCUCUCCUCUCCUGCCUGAAUGUAUUAACGGUGUAAAUAUCAAAGAUUUUUACAGUGCAUUUCAAUGAACUGCUACAGCCCCUGGGGUUCUGCCUUCACACGUGAUUCUCCGUCCAGGGCAAUCAGUGCAUAUCCUGCCCUAGUGUGAGGAAGGGCAGAGGCAGGUCUUUGAUUCAGCCCUUCUUCUGAGCACAGGAGGCUCUUUAUCUCCUGAAUGUGAGCUUAUGUUACAGAUUCUUUUGUUAAAGAAAGGAGCUCAAUCUCUAAGUUAUUUAUUUUGGUGCACAGAUGAAGGCCUUUGUUGUUUUGGAAAGCUCCCUUUCCAAAAUUGAUUAUUAAUACCACAAUUUGCUUUAGGUGGGAAACUGAGUAUCUAUUAGGGGUGCACCGAUACCACUUUUUUCCAAUAUAAUUCUGAUACCUGAAUUGUUGAAACUGAAUUGUUGUUGUUUUUGGGGUUUUUUUUGAAAGCGUUGAUCUUAUAAUUAAUCUUAUUCCGCAAGGAUGCAUUAAAUUGGCAGUAAAGACUCUUACAUUGUUACAUUAACUCAAAUUUCAAAUAAAUGCCAUUUAAAAAGAAAAAUCCAGUAGCAAGAACCACAACAUUUAGAAAAUUCAAAUUUCUGCAAAAUACAGUCCUUUUAAACAAAAAAAAAAAAAACGAUAUUUUAUAUAUAUGUUAUGCAUAAUAAUGGGAACAUUGGAACAUCUGGGACAGGGUUUUUACCAUUCUGACUGUUGUAAUCAAUAAUGCUAAAGGGAUAAUGACAUUUGACAUUUCAUGACUUAAAAGGAUGGUUGAUUGCGAUUUUAACUUUUUUAACGUUAGUGUGUAAUGUUGCUGUUUGAGCAUAAACAAUUUCUGCAAAGUUGCGACGCUGAAAGUUCACUACAAAUGGAGAUAUUGUCUUUUUAAAAUUCUGGCAGUUUAAUGCCUACAAAAACGGCUUGUAUGGACUACAACGAGCUACUUCCCGGGUUCGUUACGUCACAAAUCCAGAUAAACCCCGCCCCUGGGAGCAUAUAAUGAAGGGGGCGAGGCCAUGUUGUGCUGCUUUAGAGAAGAGGAAGAGAAAACUAGGGGUGCACGUAAAAAUCUAUUCACAUAUGAAUUGGCAAGGGCACCUCAGUCGUGCACCUUUAGGUUACGAGUCUGACUCUCUAACCAUUAGGCCACAACUUCCCCUCAACGCCAUUGUUUACAACCAGAGCACAUGCCGCUGAAGUGAGGGGCGGGACGUUUAGCCAAUCACAACACACUGUGCCAGCUAACCAAUCUGAGCCCAUUGCGUAUUUCUGAGGGAGGGGCUUCAUAAAAGCAGGAAAUGAUCAGCGCGUUUAUAGAAGGAACAGAGCGGUAUGGAAUAAAAGUAAAUUGUGAAAAAUAAUGCAUUUUUUAAAAAACAAAGCAUUAACAUAUGUUAGACUGUACCCCACAAACAAAAUCAAUCCUAGAAAAAAUUAAUUCAACCACCCCUUUAAUUAUCCAUAGAAAACUUAUACAUACAUAUUCUAUGCUUAUGUUCAAAAGCUUGGGGUCAAUUUAUUUUAAUUAUCUUAUUAAACAAGGAUGUAUUGGUCACACUUCAUUUUAAGGUCCAAUUCUCGCUAUUAACAAACCAUUAACUACGACUUUUGCCUCAAUAAACUACUAAAUUGCUGCUUAUUAAUAGUUGAUUAGGGAUGUAGAACAUGGUCAUGCAGAAUAUGUGCUUUAUAAGUACUAAUAAACAGCCAAUGUGUUAAUAAUAGGCAUGCUAAUAAGCAGCUAGUUAAUAGUGAGAAUUGGUCCCUAUACUAAAGUGUUAUCAAUGUUUUAAAUUGAUCAAAAGUGACAGUAACGAAUUUUACAUUGUAAAAUUGGUAAUUCUGUUUCAAAUAAAUGCUGCUUAAUAUUUUAUAUUACUGUUUUUACUGUAUUUUUGAUCAAAUAAGAGCAUAAGAGACAACUUUCAAAAACAAACAAAAAACAUCCAGUGCACUAAUCUAGUAAACACCCAGUAGCAAGAACUACAACAUUAAAAACCACAAUAAACCUCAGCAAAAUACGUUCGGUUUAUAUAUCAUAUACGUUUUACGGAUUAUGCAUGACAUUGGGACAUCUAAGACAAGGUGUUUACUGUUUAACUGACCAUUUUUGCACGCUGCAAAUGAUCGAGCCAAGUGGAAACAAAUUGUUGAUGCCUUAUGUCCCACUCGGGACGAAGAGGAGUAAGUAAGUCUGUCCUUUUUUGUGAACUUAAAUUUAAUGACUUAAAUACCCAUCCUUUUUUGUAAUUUGACAACCAUGGGUAAUGCACAGUUUCUGAUUAAAUUGUUUCUAUAUCAUCCAUAUCUUCUCUGACAAAAAAAUUUGUAUCGGUGUGAUAGGAUCCUGGUAUUGGAUUGGUGCAUCCCUAGUAACUAUUCAGACAGACCUCAAAAUGGUACACUGCCUUCCUGAAUUCUGCCUCUUUACUUUCCAAAGGCAGCAGUCUGAGAUCAAUACACCAAGGAGGACUAUUUUAAAGUUGUGAGUUUUUGUACUGUUGUUUUUUUUUUUUUUUUUUUUUUUGCAGUACACGCCAUUUUUUGGAGUACUUGUUCCAGUGCGUUAUAAUUUCAGCUGUGAGCUUUCAGAGAAAAGCUGCAACAUGGGCACAGUCCUGGAAAUAUACCAUUGCACUAACCAUCAGAGUUCAUCAGAAUAAACUACAAAACUGCACAGCAUAGAUGUUCACUACAUCUGGCACUCGGCUCAUCAAGAUCCCACAGCAGGGAGCAGUCAUCAUCCUGACAGAUCGAAACACAUUUUGAAAGAUCUCAUAGAAAGGUGCAUUUAUACUGUGCAUUAUACAACCAAUCAGCAUUAUUAUAAUGAUCGUUUGGAGUUAGAAGGACAAAAGUAUUAUUAUUAUAUUAUAUUAUAUUAUUAUAUUUAAAAUAUCCUUCAGUUGUAAUAAAAUAAAUGUGUUGGGCAGUUUGGCCCUAAAUUGAAUUUUCA